AUGGUGCAGGCUAUCGUCCCGAUCAUCUCCCAACGGACCCCUCCGCACGCGACCCGACCUUCGCAGCAACGGGCGACCCCCGUCCAGACUCACGCACCACUUCCAGAGCUUCCUGUCUCGCCUCGAAACCCCACAACUCGGCCCGGGAGCCGGGAAGCAGAGGACACGGCGAGCCGCCCCGAGCCCGAGGCCUCGACCGCCGAUUCGACGAAUGCCUUGCGAGCUCAGCUGCGCCUCGUCAGUCAAAAACUGGACGAGGUACAACAGGAAGUUAACAAAUCAAAAGGAGAGCUCGGGGCGGACGGACACCAAGGAUCCUUGUUCACCCCUGAGAUACAGGAGCAGGCGAUCUUGCCACACUUCCGCCUCCCCUCGCUGGACGCGUAUGACGGCGCCGCUGACCCAGAGGACCACGUGGCCGCUUUCCGCGCCCAGAUGGCGCUGUACGGGACUUCUGACACUUUAAUGUGCAGGGCAUUCCCGACGACUCUGCGAGGGCCAGCCCGCACGUGGUACAGCGGCCUGAAGCCCGGGACCGUCGCCUCCUUCGAUCAGCUCGCCAAAGAUUUCGAGCUUAACUUCUUGGCCUACGCCCGACCGAAGCCGUCCAUGGCGCUGCUCCUCGGACUCAACCAGAAGGAGGACAAGCCCCUCUCCCAUUUUGUGAACCGCUUUACGACGCAGAUCCGUGGAUUAUCGUACGCUCACCCCUCCCUCUUGAUGCAAGCAUUCAUGACAGGCCUGCGGCCCUCCAGGUUCUUCUGGUCGCUCGUGGAGCGGCCCCCCGCCGCGGUCCCCGAAAUGCUCCAACGUGCUAGUCAAUUCGUCGCCGCGGAGACUUGGAUGGCUGGGAAGCGGGAGGACCUCAAAAAGGUCAAGUCAGAGCCGCCCCGACAGCUACAACCCGCUGCCUCCCGGCGAAAGAUAGACAAGACCCGAACCAAGGUCCCCUCUCCCCGCCUUGAAUUCAUCUCGAACUGA